UUCCGACCCGCUUUGUCGAUCCGCGGAGCUCUUGCCGUUGCUCUCCGCCAAUGCUCUUUACUGCUCCGGAGACUGGUCAUCUUCAGUCAGGGCACAGUUGCUUCAACCUCUUGGUUUUCUCAACCAUUAAGCGUUUGGACACCUGACGCACGUAUAUUUAACCCACCCAAACUGCCGCCAUGGCUCGUCUGAGCUACCUACUCUUGAGCUGUCUCAGCAUCGUCAGCGCUGCUUCCGCAGUCGUCGACCUGACCCCCAAAAAUUUCGACAGCGUCGUCCUUAAAUCCGGCAAGCCUGCGCUUGUUGAGUUCUUUGCUCCUUGGUGCGGCCACUGCAAGAACCUGGCCCCUGUGUACGAGGAACUGGGACAGGUUUUCGCCCACACCGAAGACAAAGUUACUAUCGCUAAGGUCGAUGCCGAUGAGCAUCGCGACCUCGGUAAGAGGUUUGGCGUCCAGGGAUUCCCUACGCUGAAAUGGUUUGAUGGCAAGACCGACAAGGCGGUGGAUUACAACGGUGGCCGUGAUCUUGAGAGCCUGUCUGCUUUCGUGUCCGAGAAGACGGGCAUUAAGCCUCGAGGCCCCAAGAAGGAGCCCAGCCACGUGGAGAUGUUGACGGAUUCUUCCUUCAAGACUACUAUUGGUAGUGAUAAGGACGUUCUGGUUGCUUUCACUGCUCCUUGGUGUGGACACUGCAAGAACCUCGCCCCUACCUGGGAGUCCCUCGCCAAGGACUUUGCCCUCGAACCCAACGUCGUGAUUGCCAAGGUCGAUGCCGAGGCAGAGAACGCCAAAGCUACAGCCAGGGAACAGGGUGUCACCGGUUACCCGACUAUCAAGUUCUUCCCUAAAGGCUCCAAGGAGGGCAUCCCCUACUCCGGUGCUCGCUCGCAGGAGGCUUUCCUUGAGUUCUUGAAUGAGAAGACCGGCACUAACCGUGUCGCGGGAGGCGGUCUUAAUGAGAAGGCAGGCACCAUCGCCACCCUCGACGAGCUGGUCGCCAAGUACACCUCUUCUCAGAACUUCGAGCAGCUGGUCGCUGAGGUGAAGAAGGCUGCCAAGGGUUUGCAGGACAAGUACGCUCAGUACUAUGUCAAGGUUGCUGAGAAGCUCAGCCAGAACAAGGAAUAUGCCAGCAAGGAAUUUGCCCGGCUGACAAAGAUCAUCGCCAAGGGCGGUUCGGCGCCGGAGAAGGUUGAUGACCUGAUCUCUCGUAGCAACGUUCUGCGCCAGUUUUUGACCCCGGAGAACGAUGACGUGGAUAUGAAGGAUGAACUGUAAAUGUAUAUUUUAGUAUGUGAUGUGAUUAGCUCUAUGGGGAUUUAUGCCCGGAGAGCGAAUAUGACAUGAAUGUGCUUUUGGUUAUAGGGCUUUAUAGAAUGUGUCCCUCUCUGUACGAUUAGCAGAGACAAUAAAUGAUAUGAAAACAAACCAUUCCUACUACCUAAUGAAAAUACACCCGCUCGACGCAAAUAAUCAGAUUCAACCGAACAAUAGAAUUCUCAGGGUAUCUUACGCAAAUGCGAUUGCCUUCAAAAACAAGAAAAACCCCCAGCACUCAAAGAAGCAAACCUCUAUAGAAAGAGAAAGAAAAAAGAAAAAAGCCCAAACCACCCAACUCCCCCAU